AUGUCUUUAACUAAAAGAGAGACAUCAAAAAACCAUAUGAAUUCAGAAGUCAACCUAUUCAAUUAGGUUGAAAAAGAACUAUCAAGAAAAAGACCAGGUUCUGGGUAACCAAUUUCAACUAAGAAAUCUCCCUUGCCUUUGAGAAAGCCUGGUGUUUCUGGGACUUAAAAGUAGAUAAUAAAAGAACCUGAAUAACAAUUGAAAACAAGGUAAUUGAGUAGUAAUUCAUAAAAAACAUCUUCAAGCUAAUAAUUGCCCAUGAUUGUAAGUCUAAUGAAAAUAUUUCUUUUAGAAAAAUCCAUCCCAACAAUAGAAACCUUAGAUUUAAAUAGAUAAAAAAAUUAUCAUGAUGAAAUAAGAACCUGCAACAACAUCAGCAAGAGGUACCUUAACAGGAGAACAUUCAUAAAGAAAUAGUAGCAAUUAAAAUUUGUCUACUGCAGAUACUAGUACCAAAUAGUUUAAUUGGAUUGAUGAUCAAUUAUCUUCAAAGAGAGACUCAUCAUUAAAUGUAUGUAAUUCAAUAUAGCAAGAAAAAAAGGAUGAGUUCAAAAGAAAAGUAAACUACAACUACUUAAACCUAAAAAAGUAAAUUAUAAGAUAAUCACAAGAAUUCUCAUCCUCCUCUUUAUCAACCAAAAUGCUGUAUUGAUUUUACAAUGACUGCUGGGAAAAAUGAUUUAACUAAAAUGUUGGAUUCAAUUAAGAUGGAAAUCAAACAGAUUGCAGAAGAAUAGUCACAUUAAAAUGGAGUAUUAUUAAAUAUGAGUGGUAAGCUUAUUAUAAUUACAUUUAGAAAUUAAAGAGAUGCCUGAUGAUGGAUGUUCCUCUGUGGGAUAGAGUACGAUUUAUCAAUUUAAAAAAUGA